AUGACUGGGCGCACUCGUCGCGCGUCCACCUCGAGCGUCGAUACCGUCGAUGACCACGCCGUCCAAUGGCGACAAGAGGCGUCUGUCCUGCGUUCCGUGCCCAAGUCGGAGCCCAACGACAACUGGCCCAUCUUUCAGCUGCGCGACGCCAUCGUUCUGAAUCGCGACGGCACCACGGUCGAGAAUGCGCUGCACAUUGUGCCCAAUGGUCCCUUUAUCGUGCGCGGAAACCUCCACUUUACGCGCGACGAGAAGCCAUUCGUCCUCGUGCGCGGACGAUCACCAAUUCCCAUCGAAAUAAGACACUGCCUCCUGUACUCUGUCGGCGAAACAGAAGAUGGAAGCCCGCAGAUCUGGGUUUCGGGCCGCGCUGGCUGGUUUGAGCUCAGCCCGUGUCCCGCCUACCAGGCAACCUACGACACCAUGUGCCAAGCGACGACGCUCUACUACAGCAUAAUGGAUAUCGUCGAGGAUAUGAAGACAGAACCAAAACGGGGCAAAAAGUCAAAGUCGACGUCGCAGAGUGACCUAUUGGCGUCAAUAUUCCACAAGUAUUCCGCCUUUGUGGGGGAUGGCUCAACGUAUGAUGACGUUGUAGGCAGGUGCAAUAAGCACGCCAUCUUUCUCAUCUCUCAGUUCAUGCAAGAUGAUGGCGUUGUGGACUGGAAGGCGACCACUUUCUACAAGUGGAUGAAGUCUGAGAACGCUGCCCUGUUUGACAGAGUCGACAAGGCGAAGAAGAACCCCCGCCAGCGCACACGAUCGCCAUCCUUAUUCGAACCACCGCCUAGAGCAAGCACGAGCCUGUCGCGGAAGAGCGCCAGUAUCGAGGAGAUUGACGAGUCUGCAUUCAACACACGAUCGACACGUCAGUCUAACAGCGCCGCUGAACCACAGACAACUAUUGCUAUGCAUCCCAGACGAACCGAACCGCCAUCUGCACCUCCUGCACCUCCUGCGCCUCCUGCACCUUCCGUACCUUCUGCACCCCACGCUCCUACACAUGUAGCUACCGACUCAGACUCGCCAUUCCAGACUGUACUGGCCGCAGUCGAAAGCUCGUUUGAUUCUAUCCCUUCCAAAAACGGCAUCAAAGUAUCCGGACUCCUUAACAAGUUGUACUUCCAAUACCGAUUCCCCACAUACAAGGACAGCACUACUGGCUCCCACAAACGCCCUGUCGAGGAAGUUUUGCAUUACAACGCCGCUGCUCUCCUCGAUGCCAUCGAUCAUGAGAAGUACAAGGAUGGAGAGAUAUACGACUGGCUCGUGAGUCUCUCAAAGAAGAAGUUUGCACCUGUCGCGAUGAAACCAGAAAACUUGCCUUAUCGCGUUGUCCCCAGAGAGCAGCGCCCUUUCCACGGCCGAAAGCCAGAAACGAAGCGUGACUCGCAGCAAGAUGUCGAGCGCCCACCAAGUCCGCUUACUCCCAGAAUAGGCAAACGACCUGGCCGGCCUGUCGGCAGCAAGUCAAGCUUGCGCCCCAUCAAGUCGACUAAAAAGAGGUCUCGCAUGAUUAUCGACGACGACGACGAGGCAGACGUCGAAUCAGUGGCUAAGAAGCUAAAUUUUGCGUCCAAUCAAGACGGAGAUGAAUCCAUGGCUGAUGCCGAUAAACAAUUUAUGGAAGACGAAGAGCUGGAUAGUGCUCUUCAGGUAAACGAGUCUUCCGAUUCGCCCAGCGAGGACGAGUCUGCAGAUGACGAAGACGAACCUGUCAAGCUGAGCAUUUUCGCCGAAAAGCUGCCGGAUCCGAUGCCGACGGGGUACCAAGGCACAUGGGUCUGUGAUCAGCAAGACUGUGACUUUAUUGCGCGCGGAGGCGGCGAGGAUGAAUUAGACGACUGCAUCGCAGCGCAUCUCCAAGAGCACGAGCAGCUGGUCGACAGGAUGCAACUGGCCGUGACCGAGAGUCGAGGAAUGCUACCCAUCAACCAUCUUUUGGAAAAGCUCAAGCAAAUAGGAGAAGGCGUACAUGGCCCGACUGACACACAAGGCAACCCUGCACCCCAGCCUAUUAAGCGACACCUCUUUGUUUAG